AGAGAGAGCUAUGUAUGUAUUAAGAAUUUUUGCAUUAUAUUUUUAGACUUAGUUUGUGUUUUCACAGGCAAAAAGAUUGACAUCUUUAUCUUUUCUUUUCUUUUUCCUCGCGACACUUGAGGUAGGUGUUUAGGUGUUUAUGUGACAUUGAAAGAUCCACUACAAGCUCUCAAAUUCACAUAUUGGUCAGAAAAGUAACUAAAGAAGUGUAGUGAAUCGGAAUGUGGGAUGCUUCAUGAAGAAAAAAUUGAUUAAUCGUUUCUCAUUUUAUUUCGUCUUGUUACAUAAAAGUACUUCAAAAUAAACUCUCAUAAAUUUCAAAGAAUUUUAUAUCUUUGAAAAUAUAAUAUUGAAUGUGUGGAAAAAGGUCCAUAUCGCAUUUAUUAAUAGUUCGUGAGUCGUUACCACUUUUCUACUGCUGGCCGAUCAUAUUUGUAUUUCCCAACUGGCGAGAAAAUUCAGCUGAAAGUGGUGGCAAGCUGAAUCAGAUCGGCAAUACUGUAGCCGUUAACCGUAUCGACGUCUUUUUCCAAGAACUCUGCAUUUUUCCGAAAAAAGGUCUUUCGACUUUGGAAGUUUGAAAAACUCACACCGCUCAACAGGAUAUUUGCAAUUUCGCGCACCAAAAGGUUUCCCGAAUGAGAUGAAUAAUAAUCAGCUCAAAAUCUGCAGUCUCAACCUAUUUAAUCGCCGAUUAUAAAUGGGAUUUAAUCCAUUUCCGAAUCUCUUGAUUCUUUUGUCUGUCGUUGUGUUCGCCGAUCAUUUUUCCUCCGCUUAUGGGAGAUCUAACAAUACAAAAACUCCUGCUAUCACCCCUAUCAAUCACGAUCUUUACCAUACCAGUGGGGCUUUACUGGAGGAAAUCGAAUCAUUGGUCCAUCGACACUCGGAUAUACUUUCAAUUGAGAAAAUUACUCGUAAAAAUAAAGGAUAUGAGGCAGAGAUGUGUGUAGUUACUUAUUCCCGUGAUAUGAAAGGGAGUGAUGACAGACCCAAGCUUAGGAUUCUGCUAUGGAGUAAGAAGAAAGGGCUAUGGGUGUAUGAUUAUCCCAAACCUGUUCCACCUGAGACUUUUGGACAGCAUGCUAGAGAGCUUAUUACAACUGAGCUAGCAUUGAGGAUCCUUUCUAUUCUGAGCGAAGAGGAAUUUUUGCCCAAUGUGGAUCGAUCUUAUUUGAAUAGAACACUUGAUAGGCUUGUUAUAAAGAUUGUUCCCCUGGAAAAUUUGAAUGGCCGCAAACUUGUUGAAGAUGGAGAGCUUUGCGAGAGGCGAAAUGGAAGGGGAGUCGAUCUCAACCGGAAUUGGAGUGUAGAUUGGGGCAAAAAAGAGAAGGUUUGUUCCAAAAUCAUCUUACUUGCGUUUUCUCCUGAUUAUGAUCCAUUCGAAGAAAGACCUGGGACUGCUCCUUUCAGCGAGCCUGAGACUCAAAUAAUGAGAAAAUUAGCUAUUUCAUUUGAACCACACAUUUGGGUUAAUGUGCACUCUGGGAUGGAGGCUUUGUUCAUGCCGUACGAUCACAAAAACACCACCCCUCCCGGAAUACCCUCUCAGAUAAUGAAAUCAGUGCUUGAAGACUUGAACCAUUUUCACCUCAAAGAUCAAUGCUUAAUUGGGUCUGGUGGAGGCUCUGUGGGGUAUCUUGCCCAUGGGACAGCAACAGAUUAUAUGUUUGAUGUUGCGAGGGUUCCCAUGGCUUUUACCUUCGAGAUUUACGGAGAUCCUAAAGCUUCCUCAAGAGACUGUUUCAAAAUGUUCAAUCCUGUAGACAUCUCCUCCUUCAAUAGAGUAUUGAAUGACUGGUCGGCUGCAUUCUUCAAGAUGUUCAACAUAGGUGUGAUGCAGAUGGAUGGGCUUCAGACAAAGGCAAUCGCGUCCAGUUUUGACAAUUGGGUAUCGAUAGAUGACUACCUUAAUGGAUAUUUAAUGCACAGGAAAAGUAGAUACGGUAAAAAAAUGGAAGUUCUUGACCUCGGACUCCAGGAGAUAAGGACGUAUUUCAGGUUGUUCUUGUUGUCUUCAGUGCUCCUACUGUUCAUGUUCUGUACAAGAAUUUCCAAGAGCACUAGGCCCAUUGUAGCCUCCAUGUCUCUGUGAUCAUUCAUAAGGUUUUACCUUUUUUUUUUUUU